GUAUCUCAAAUAUCAGCCUCUACUAGUUGUACAAUUCUCUCUCAUUUGAUAUCAGAGAGCCCAAUGGAGCCUUCUGAAGUACCUAGUCAGAUCAGCAAAGAUAAUUUUUUAGAAGUUCCUAAUUUAUCUUAUUCUCUUUGUGAAGAUGAAGAAGUUAAAGCUACCUUCAAACCUAGUUUCUCCCCUCAACCGAGUAGACGAGGUUCUGAUUCUUCUGAAGACAUGUACCUGGACAUCCCAUCUUCAGGUACGAGAAGAGUUUCAUUUGCUGACUCCUUUGGAUUCAAUCUUGUGUCUGUUAAGGAAUUUGAUUCCUGGGAAUUACCGGGUGUUUCAACCAAUUUUGACUUAACUAAGAACAUUUUCCGUACAGAAGAAUAUGUUUUAUCUCCACUCUUUGACUUGCCUUCGAAAGAAGAUCUUAUGCAAAAACUUCAAGUACAGAAAGCAAUACUGGAGUCAACUGAGUAUCUUCCUGGCUGUACAACUAUGAAGGGUAUUAUUCGAGUUUUGAAUAUUUCUUUUGAGAAGUUAGUAUAUGUGAGAAUGUCUUUAGAUGACUGGCAGACACAUUAUGACAUUUUAGCAGAAUAUGUUCCUAAUUCAUGUGAUGGUGAAACUGACCAGUUCUCCUUUAAGAUUUCACUGGUUCCUCCUUAUCAAAAAGAUGGUAGUAAAGUUGAGUUUUGUAUACGUUAUGAAACUUCUGUUGGUACAUUUUGGUCAAAUAAUAAUGGCACAAAUUAUGCAUUGGUUUGUCAAAAGAAAGAGCAAGAGCAAGAGCCUGUAAAACCACGAGAAGAAGCUCCUAAUAAACAAAUUAAAAAAGGCUGCUUAAAGGUAAAAUCAAGUAAAGAAGAAUCAGUUACAUCAGAAGAUAAUAACUUUGAGAAUUCAAAGAUUACAGAUACCUAUAUCCCAACAAUUGUUUCUCCUCAUGAGAACAAGGAAGACUUGGAAACCAGUAAUCAAAAUGUAGAACAUGUAAACAGGGAACAUGAUGAACAUAAUGAAAAAGAAUUAGAGUUGAUGAUAAAUCAACGCUUAAUACGAAGUAGAAGUACUGCUUUCAGAGAUGAAAAAGAUACAUUUUCAACAGAUUCAGACAAUUUUCCAAAUAAAGCUGAGGAGUUAGAGAAGAAGCAAAUCUAUGGUGAAAUAUGCACUGACUCUUUCAAAAGGCCUUUGUCUCCAAGUUCAUCAGCAGAAAGCUCCAUAAAGGGAGAUUUUUACCACAAAGAACAAUAUUCCUCAGGAAAUGAAGGUAGUCAUCAACCUUUAGAGGAAAUUACUUCAGAUAUGGGAGACAUCAAGCCAUUAUUGGGAGAUACAAGUAAUGACGAAUUAGUGCAAUUACAUAUCGGCAGCAGAGAAGUCCUGGAUGAUAAUGCUAAUCCAGCCCACAGGAGUAGCAGAGUGCAAAUAUAUUGUCCCUCCUCUGAUCAACUAAUGGCAAGCAACCUUAAUAAAAAACAUGAAGGAGGAGCUAAGAAAAUUGAAAUAAAAGACUGGGAAUGUCUAAGAAAAGAUUUUCAUUCAGAUGUAUCUGCAUAUCUGGAAGAAUCAACAGAAAUGGAAUCUUCCAAGAAGGAUUAUGGCAAUGGUAAAGAUGAGGAGGAACAAAGAAUACAUUUAGAUGUUAAUGAAAAACAAAGCAAAAAUUUUCAGUCAAUCUUACAUGACAGAGAAAGGAAGACAAGCCACGCUGAAAUAAGUGUGAAGGGGACAGGAAACCUAACUGCUCUGCCAAGCAAAGGUAGAACAAUGCCCACCCAGUCAAUCACAGUAGGUACAUGUCAUUCGCCGAGGACAAAUUUAAGAUGGGAAGAAGCUGUGUUAACAACCACAGAGUGUGAUCUCUUGACUAGUGAAGUCACCGCUUUAAGAGGGUUAACUGGUCAAGUUUGUUCACCAAGAAAUGGAAAUGUUUUGAGGAAUGAUUAUCCUUUCCAAGUUGAAGAAGAAAAAUCAGAUAGGAUUAAUCCUGAAGAUCAGAAUAAAAUCACACAGUGUAAACAAACUUGGAAUGUUCUGGAAAGUCAGGGAAAAGCAAGAGGGAGUAAGACAAAUGCAACAGAGCAGAUCAAAGAACAAGCAGAUUGUGAAGACAUGUGGGGAAAAAAAGAUAAUACGAGGAGUUGGAAAGCUAGUCCUACAGAAGAAUUGUUUACCUGCCAAAAAACAGUGUGCUGUGAACUGUCUUCUCUAGCUGAUGAUGGUAUUACUGAGAAAGCAGAAGCAGGUACAGCUUAUAUAAUUAAGACAACAUCAGAAAGUACUCUAGAAAGCAUGUCUGCUAGAGAAAAAGCAAUAAUUGCUAAGCUUCCUCAAGAGACAGCACGACGUGACAGGCCCAUCGAGGUAAAGGAAACAGCGUUUGAUCCACAUGAAGGGAGAAAUGAUGGUUCACAUUAUGCCCUUUGUCAACGCGACACAGUGGGUGUAAUCUACGACAAUGAUUUUGAAAAGGAAUCGCAUUUAGGUAUUUGUAACGUACGUGUAGAUGAAGUAGAGAAGAAAGAAGCCAUGUCUAUGUACAAUCCUGGGAAGACACAUGACAGGGAGAAACGUAGCCCUGGAAAUGGAACAUCUGCAGAAUACUCACAGGUCAUUACAGGCAAUCAGAAAGCAACUUCAAAACGGGAUUUACAUUUGGGAAUGUUACCAACAGACAAAAAAGUAAUUCCAGAAAAUAGAGAUCGUGGGCAGGUCCAAGAAUUAUCAAAGAAAAUGGACUUAGAUACUGUUGUUCAUUCUGCUUUUAACUCAGACAUGAAUGGAGCUUCUCAGAAUGGCUCUAACAUUUCCAAACACCAUACUAAAACUUCAGUGCCAUCUUAUGAACAGGCAAUUGCUGUGGCUACUAUGACUCUGCAGUCUAUUUCUACUAAAUCAGAAUAUAAUUGUAAUCCAACGAGUGAAAUCCAGGGUAUUGAGAAGCACCCUCAGCCUUGGCCUAAACCUGAAGAAGUUUCCAAAAGUUCAGGAAUAGUGACAUCAGGUAGAAAAGAAAGAUGUAUAGGCCAGAUUUUCCAACCAGGAGAAUGCAGUGUGGAAAAAUCUUUAGGGCCAAUGAUUUUAAUCAGUGCACCUCUUGAGAAUGUGGAAGAGGUGAGGCAUGAAAAUGAAGGAUUAACAAAUUCUGGACAAUCUCUAUGCUCUUCAGGUGACAAAGAAUCUGAGAGUUCUGCUUCUGCUAGUCUCCCUGUUCGGGAAAGUCCAGCUCAAAGCAAUGAAUCUCUGCUUUCGAAAUAUACCAACUCUAAAAUACCUUAUUUCCUUUUGUUUCUGAUAUUUCUUGUAACCAUCUAUAACUAUGACUUAAUGAUUGGCUUGGCAUUCUAUCUUUUUUCAUUGUACUGGCUAUCCUGGGAAGGGGGAAAACAAAAAGAAUCUGUCAAAAAGAAGUAACUUCAGCUCUAUUAUUAUUCUCCCUUAAAAGAUAAGCUAUUUAGCCCCAAACAUUUGGAAUGGUGAAAGAGACUAUUCAUUGUUCAAAGAGCCAGUGCAGUUUUUCUCUUGAAGGAUCAUUUAAAAAGGAAUGCGUAUGAAGUUUGCUCCUUCAUAUAAGUAAUUAUUCUAUAUAGGACCAUUAUGUUUGGAUCAUUAAAUACCUAUAUGAAUAUGAGAUCUGAAGCACGUCAAGUUGAAAUUAGGUACAGCUGUUGCUCCUUAGCAGGCUAUGAAGUUGCAAUGCUUCACGUCUCUUCACUACUUAAAGUGCUAUUUCUUGCAUUCAUUUCUUUUGCAGUAAAGCUUCAUUUUUUUCCCUGAGUAUUUUCCCCCCUGUGGUUUUAAAAAAUAGAUAAAACAUAGACAAUGGCCGGGAUUUUUUUUAGUAUUGACCAUGAAAUUUGCGCUUACCACUGUAUCAUUUAUCAGUACAUUUUAAUAGAUCAAAUAUUUGUACCUCAUUUCAUAUUUUAAGGAAACACCCAAUGUAUAUUGCAAUGUGUAAACUUAAAUUGAAGAAAAAUUACCUUCACUUGAAUAAUACUUUGUAUAUGCACACACACACAACACACAUGCACACACCUUAUAGCUUCUUUAUACUCACAAAGUCAGGGCAUUCAUAAGACAAUCUGACAAAGACUGAAACAACUGGAAGAUUAUUUUUCAAUUGCACAAAAUUUUAUGAGUGGCCUAUCUUUAAGCAAUGUUUUUCUCUUGUAAAGGGAGACACAGCUGAACAAUUUCAAUGUCAACUAUUAUUCGGAGUUGAAAAUCUAAAUGCAAAGUUCCACCAGCAUUGCUUGAGAGUGAAUUUUUAUCUAUAAAGCAUAAGGCAUUAAAUAAUAAUAAUUUUUUAAAUUCCAAAUGAACUAUUUGUUC